AUGAGUGUAGCUGCGGCGUUGCUUGCCGUGGUCCGCCUCAAUGUUUUGGUUGCUGCCCUCACCUCUGCCUACAACAUUCGGCUCUUUGCCGUGAAGAACUUCGGUCGAGUCAUUCACGAGUUCGAUCCCUGGUUCAACUACCGCGCUGCCGAAUAUUUAGCGGAACAUGGAGCUGAGCGUUUCUUCAAGUGGUUUGAUCACAGCGUUUGGUACCCUUUGGGUCGCCCAGUGGGGACGACCAUCUAUCCUGGCAUGCAAUUUGCAGCGGUGUGGAUUUGGCAAGCCCUGCACUUCCUACAGCAGGACAUGUCACUGCACGAUGUUUGCGUUUUCAUUCCCUCGUGGUUUGGUGUGGUCUCCACCAUUUUCCUGGGACUGUUGACCUAUGAGUGCACCCGCUGUGUUGACCCGUCGGUUUGCGCCAUGCUGGUUGUGGCCAUCUUGCCCGCGCAUUUGAUGCGAUCUGUGGCGGGAGGUUUUGACAAUGAAUGCAUGGCCGUCAGCUUGAUGAACUCCACCUUCUACUUCUGGUGCCGUUCCUUACGCAGCGAUGGCUCCUGGCCCUGGGCGGUGUUGUCGGCCCUGUCGUACUUCUGCAUGGUUUCCACCUGGGGUGGCUACGUCUUUGUGGUGAACGUUAUCGCAUGCCAUGCGUUUUGCCUCAUGCUAUGGCGACAUUCCACCAAAUUGCAUCGCUCCUUCUCGAUUUUCUUCAUGUUGGGAACGGGCCUGGCAGUAUGGCUGAUCCCGGUGGUGGGUUGGACGCCCCUGCGCAGUUUGGAGCAGCUGCUUCCCUUGCUGCAAUUCUUCGCCCUUCAGGUCCUGGAGCUCCUGGCUGCCUGGCAGCGGCUUCGGCCGCUGCCGCGCCCGCAGCUGCGGCAGCGCCAAUGGCAGGCGCUGCUGGCGGUGACGUCGCUGGCGGUCCUGCUGGGUGCGAUGAUGUUCCAACUGGGGUACUUCGCGCCGCUGUCGGCGCGGGUGCGCGGCCUCUUCGUCAAGCAUCGCACGGGGAAUCCGCUCGUGGACUCCGUGGCGGAACAUCAGGCGACGAGCCCACGCGCCUAUUGGCAGUUCUUUCACCACAUCUGUGUAUUGGCACCCCUGGGAUUUCUGGUGACGCUCUUCCAGAUCUCCGAAGCCAAGAGUUUUUUACUCUUGUACGGAGCAAUCACCUACUACUUCUCAGCGAAGAUGAAUCGCCUGAUUUUGCUCCUGGGUCCCAUCGCCGCCUCGCUGGGCGGGGUGGGACUUGCCACGGCCAUCCGCUGGGCGCUGCGGCAAUGGAUGGAAGUCGCUGACAGCGGAGAGGCCGUGGCGAAAGGAGAAGCUUCAGCUGCAAAAGCAAAGUCCAGGAAGAGCAAAGACUCUAAAAAAGCUGCCGUUCCUGAGAAGGAGAAAAGCGUCGAAAAGAACGGCCCUGAAGCCGAGAACUGGCGUGACAUGUUGUUGGAGGUCUAUGAAGAAUUGAAGGUACCCUUCUUGGAGGCUUACUAUGAAGCGAAAUGGCAGAGGAAGUCCUCUUCCGUGCUGAUCCUCUUGAUGUUUGUCGUGUGUGGCAUGGAGUUUAUCAACUACUGCUGGGUGGUUGGGGAGCGCUUGUCGCAAGCCUCCAUCAUAUUGAAACGUCGGACCGAAGAUGGUGAGGUGAUCCUCAUCGAUGACUACCGCCAGGCCUAUUGGUGGCUGCGUGACCAGACGCCCCAAGAUGCUCGGGUCAUGGCCUGGUGGGAUUACGGCUAUCAAAUCAAUGGACUCAGCAAUCGCACCACUCUGGCGGAUGGAAAUACCUGGAACCAUGAGCACAUCGCCUUGCUGGGCAAGUGCCUCACAGGGCCGGAGAAACAGUCCUACGAAGUGAUUCGACAUUUGGCCGACUACGUGCUGAUUUGGGCGGGAGACAACGGCGAUGAUAUCGCGAAGUCGCCUCAUAUGGCGCGAAUUGCCACAUCCGUUUAUCACGACGGGUGCCCAGGAGAUCCCUUGUGCACACAGUUCCACCUGAAUCGCCAGACGCGCGAGCCUUCGGAGAUGAUGAAGGGUUCCCUGCUUUGGAAGAUGUACGCGCACGAGCGCAUGGACGAAAAAGUGGACCCUGAGCUCUUUGAGGAGGCCUUCACUUCGGAGCAUGGAUACGUGAGGAUCUUCAAGGUCUUGAACAUCUCACAGGAGUCCAAAAGUUGGGCCGCAGACCCCGAGAAUUGGCUCUGCGAUGCACCGGGAAGCUGGCUGUGUCAGGGACAAUACCCGCCUGCGUUGGCAAAGAUUCUGCAAGAACAGAAUCCCUUCAAGCAACUGGAAGAUUUCAAUGUGCAUCGCGACUCGAAGGCAGAAGAGUAUCACGCAGCUUACAUGAAGGUCAACGGCAUGAUGGGCAUCGUGGCUCCCUGCAUCGUGGGCUUUUCAAUGUUUUCGACUCAUGCCCUGCUUGGGGGCGAGAUGACGGUGGAGAUCGUGUUCCCUUCAUUGAUUGUUUUGCGUGUUCUGCAGAUUAUGAUGAGCCUGCUCCCCACGUCCUUCUCGGCGAUCGCCGAGCUGACCACCUCGUGCUCGAGACUGCAGAUGUUCCUCCAGCAGCAAGAUCAGCUCAUUGAAGCCCAGCCGGAGCCGACUGUGGGGGCUGGCGAGGUCAUCUUGAAGGAGGCCAUCUUCGAACGAAGCUCCGUUAGGGCCGUUACCCAGGCGCGUGGCUCCUUUAGCCUGGGCCCAGUGAACCUCACUCUGAACGCGGGAGAUUUGUGCAUCGUCUGUGGUCCGGUGGGCUCUGGCAAAUCCACCCUGGUCCUCGGCCUCCUGGGCGAGCUGACCGCGUUGAGCGGCCACGUCAGCUGUGGCGGUCGGAAGGCGCUGAGCGGCCAAGAGCCCUGGAUCUUGUCCUCCUCAGUGAGGGACAACAUUUGCUGCUUUCGUCAGGACGAGCACUAUUCUGCAGCCCUGGAAGCAGCACAACUCCCAGUGGACUUGACGUCCCUCCCUGCUGGAGACGAGACAGAGAUUGGUGCGAAGGGCAUCAACAUCUCCGGUGGACAGAAGGCUCGCGUGGCGCUGGCGCGGAGUUUGAUGACGCCAAGCGACGUGGUGCUGUUGGACGAUGUGCUGAGUGCGGUGGAUGUGCACGUGGCCACUGCGCUGGUGCAGGAUGCACUGCUGGGCGCGUUGAAGGAGAGCACCCGAGUAGUGGUGGCCAACACCUUCCUACCCUUGCUGCUGCCCCAUGCCCAGCAGGUGCUGGUGCUUGAUGGCAAUGGUGGGGUCCAGGCUUGUGGACCUCCCAGCCAAGUUCAAGCGGAAUCUCCUUGGCUACAGGAGGCUCUAAAGACCAUGGGUUCCGUACCAGUGAAAAGUCGGGAAGACAUCACGGCUGCUCUCUCUGCCUUGGCGACUUCUGAAGGGCCAGAGAUGAAGGAUGGAGCGCAGAGGGAUGGCUCCCUGCUAAUUGCCGAAGACCGCAAUGUGGGAGUGUUGAGCUUCACAGCCUAUGCCUCCUACUUCCAACACGCGAGUUCUCGAGGAAGCUUCGCCGUUGGCGCUGUGCUCUUUGGAAUUGUCUUUUGUUUGGCGUUGCUAGCCGAAGCAGUUCGGACCUUUACCGAGAUUUGGGUCACCCUUUGGACCUCGACGGACGAACAGGAAGUCAUUUCACGGAGC